CUGGAAGCUGAAAUGACGAGCUGGAAGAAACUAGAGUGUAGGUCUUCCCCCGCAUGGAAAGGUGAAGUUGUUGGUGCUGGAGGAGCGCUCUUCACCACUCCCUCACUUGCGAUCACCACCUUGACAAGUACGGUCGUGCACUCGCCUGUCCGCUGGAAUAAUAACUCAAAAUGUGUGACGACGAGGUUGCUGCUCUAGUUGUGGACAAUGGUUCAGGCAUGUGCAAGGCCGGGUUUGCCGGGGACGACGCCCCCCGAGCUGUCUUCCCUUCCAUCGUUGGAAGACCCCGCCAUCAGGGUGUGAUGGUGGGUAUGGGCCAGAAGGACUCUUACGUAGGUGACGAAGCACAGAGCAAGAGAGGUAUUCUUACACUAAAAUACCCCAUUGAACACGGUAUCGUCACUAACUGGGACGACAUGGAGAAGAUCUGGCAUCACACAUUCUACAACGAACUGCGUGUGGCACCGGAAGAGCACCCAGUCCUGCUUACUGAAGCUCCCCUCAACCCCAAAGCUAACCGUGAAAAGAUGACACAAAUUAUGUUUGAAACCUUCAACACCCCCGCCAUGUACGUAGCUAUCCAGGCUGUGCUGUCCCUGUAUGCCUCUGGUCGUACCACCGGCAUUGUCUUGGACUCUGGUGAUGGCGUGUCACAUACUGUUCCUAUCUACGAGGGAUAUGCCCUUCCCCAUGCUAUCUUGCGUCUCGACUUGGCCGGACGUGACCUUACCGACUACCUUAUGAAGAUCUUAACUGAACGUGGCUACACCUUCACUACCACUGCUGAACGAGAAAUCGUUCGUGACAUUAAGGAAAAGCUUUGCUAUGUUGCUCUAGAUUUCGAGCAGGAAAUGACAACGGCCGCAUCAUCCUCUUCCCUAGAAAAAUCCUACGAGCUUCCUGACGGUCAGGUUAUUACCAUUGGCAACGAAAGGUUCCGUUGCCCUGAAGCCCUCUUCCAACCUUCCUUCUUGGGCAUGGAAUCUUGUGGUAUCCACGAGACUACCUACAAUUCUAUCAUGAAGUGUGACGUAGAUAUCCGUAAGGAUUUGUACGCCAACACUGUCUUGUCUGGUGGUACCACAAUGUACCCAGGUAUUGCUGACAGGAUGCAGAAGGAAAUUACUGCCCUGGCACCAUCCACCAUGAAGAUUAAGAUCAUUGCACCCCCAGAGCGCAAGUAUUCAGUAUGGAUUGGAGGUUCUAUCUUGGCAUCCCUCUCCACCUUCCAACAGAUGUGGAUCAGCAAGCAAGAAUAUGAUGAAUCUGGCCCCUCUAUUGUCCACAGGAAGUGUUUCUAAAUUCCUAUCCUUUAUUUAGGUUAACUGUACAUGAUUUAGGAUAUCAAUUUUUACAUUAUUCCAUUAGUAUAAGUAUUAUGUUUAUUUAAAAGGAAUAAAUUGAUUUCUACUAAA